AUGACAAGACUCAAUCUGCUAAUGCUAGCAGCACUGACCGUGCUGAGCAGCAACCGGGCCAUGGGCGACGAGGCCAAGCCCACCAUCAAGCUGCCUGCAUUUGAGCCCUAUGCGGUCGAUGGUGCCGCUAUGUGGGAGCAGUUCACUGACUCGAGCGCGUCUCGCUGGCGGCGUAGCCAGGCUGAGAAGAAGGGCGAGGAGGGCCUGCGCUAUGACGGCGAGUGGGAAGUUGAGGAGCUGACCAAGCUGGCGGGUAUCGAGGGCGACAAGGCACUGGUGGUCAAGAGCGAGGCUCGCCACCACGCCAUUUCGGCCAAGCUUGAUAAGACAUUCGACCCGGCCACUGAUGGCAUGGUGUUCCAGUACGAGGUCAAGCUGCAGGAGAGCCUGGGGUGCGGCGGUGCGUACGCCAAGCUACUGACCACGCCGUUUGCCGGCGAGUUCAGUGACGCUACUCCGUACACGAUCAUGUUUGGUCCUGACAAGUGCGGUGAGAGCAAGAUCCAUCUCAUCUUCCGGCACAAGAACCCGAUCACCGGCGAGUACACUGAGCACCACCUGGACCAGCCGCCGAUGCCGCCAGUAGACCACCUGUCGCAUCUGUACACCCUGGUGAUCCAUCCGAACAACACAUUCAACAUGCUGGUAGACAACGUCGAGAAGCGCACUGGCAGUCUGCUGGCUGACUUUGUGCCGCCAGUCAACCCGCCCAAGGAAAUCGUCGACGAGAACGACAAGAAGCCAGAGGACUGGGUUGACGACGCCGAGAUCCCUGAUCCUAAGGCCAGAAAGCCGGAGGACUGGGACGAGGAUGCGCCGCUGCUGAUUCCUGACGAGGAGGCUGAAAAGCCUAAGGGCUGGCUUGAAGACGAGCCGCUGAUGGUGCCGGCGCCCGACGCCGAGAAGCCCGCGGACUGGGACGAUGAAGAGGAUGGCGAUUGGUCGCCGCCGCUCGUGCCCAACCCCAAGUGCGAGGACGCCCCUGGGUGCGGCCCGUGGGAGCGGCCCAUGAAGCGCAAUCCUGAGUUCAAGGGCCAGUGGAGCGCACCGCUGAUCGAAAACCCGCUGUACAAGGGCCAGUGGGCGCCGCGCAACAUCCCGAACCCGGCGUUUUUUGAGGACCUGGAGCUGUACAAGUUGAACAAGAUCGACGCUGUCGGCUUUGAGCUCGCCGACGUUGCUUCUCAGAUCGCCAAGGACGUGUGGGCGCCCAAGCUUGCUUCUGAAAACGAGGUUGAGGUGGCCACGCGCCCCAAGCCGCCUCCUGCCCCCAAGCCGCAGAUGCCGCCGGUUCUCGACAUGUUCAAGGCGCGCUUUGUCGAGGUCAUCGACAGCAUUCACGCCUUCUACGAGGAAUUCACCAACGAGGGCAUCAUCUCGGCUCUGCGCAACGAGCGCCAUGGUGCCUUUGGCAUCCUGAUGUUGGCGGCUGGCCUGAGCUGGAUGAUGUGGAACAUCGUGCUGGUCUUUGGCUUUGUGAGCCGGAUCUGGAGGGAGACCACACCCAGGGCUCCUGGUGCGGGUGCUGCCGCCGCCGGUUCUGGAGAUGCCGCCGAGGGAUCCUCGACUGGUCGUGCUGCCGCUGCUGCCACCACUGCCACCAAGCGCAGCGCGAAAAAGUCAGAGUAAAAUCAACGCAAAACCUACAGCCAACCGGUUUGGGAGUGACGUUUCUUGGCGGUGCCUUCUCCGCAUGCGGCCUUGCUUCGCUUCACCUUUACUUUUCUCACAUUGUCUCAAUUAAAAACACUUUACCCCUUUUUUGCAUUUCGAUUGACAGAUGGGAGGAGAGAACAGCAAAUUGGCCUUCCGCAAGUGUGUGUUCCGCCUGGCCGAGCAGCGAGUACGUUCAUUAGACUCUGCCCAGCAUGCAUGUCUGCCUUUGACACCACCUGUUUCUAACCAGCCCUUUCUCUUGCU